AUGGGGACUCUAAGGGAUAAAGCUAAUGAAGUUUUAACAAAUUCUUCUUCAGAUAUUCAAAGACAAUCUUCAAAAGGUUCAAUUAGUUCUACAACUUCAAAUUUGUUAAAACAAAAUAAAGAAAACAAUUCAUUUGAUAAUUUAGAAGCUACUGCUCAAAAGGAAAGAAAUAGAUUAUCAAGUAUGUUGGAUAGUUAUAAAAACAGUUCUGAAGUUACUCAAAGUACUACAAAUGAUACUGCAUCUUUUAUAGAUGCUGAUGAUUUCAUUAUCAAUAGAAAAUCAAUAGAUGGUCAACAAAGAGAUUUCAUAGUUCCAGUUAGAAAGACUCAAUCAAGAUCAUCAGAAAAUGAUCAUUUUGAAUUUGAAAAAUCUGAUCAAGCUGUUAAUAGCUCAUCAAAUCAAAGAAUUCCUUCAACUAUUCAACUUUCACCAAGUUUAAAUGUACAAAAUAAUGGAGCAUUCCCAUCUCCAACUUCUCAAAGAAGAUCUUUGUAUUCAGAUUAUGCACCAAGUAUUCAUGAAGUUAAUAAAGUGGCUUAUGUGGUUGAUGGUAGUGAUCAAUAUGAUGAUGAUAAAAUUAGUGAUGAUAUUGAUGAAGAUUUACCAGUGGAAAAUGAAUUAAAACCUACAAAUAUUCAAAGAAAACCUUCAGUUAUUAAAGUUAGUAGAAAUUCAUCAAAAAACAGUGGGAAAGUUACUACACCAGAUCAACAACAACAUAUUAAAAAUAAAGAAAGUCUUGCUUCUUAUUAUUCAAUUGCUCAAAGCGGUAGUGGAUCUUCAAAAUAUCCAGAAUCAACAUAUAGUACUACAAGAGAUUCUCCUAUUGGCGAUAUGAAUGAUCAAAAUUCAUCAAUUUCUAAUCAACAACAACCUCCAAGUCAUCCAGAUAUACAAAAUAAUCCUUAUAAAUCCUCGCCAAGUGGUAAAAUUCCAGAAGAAUCAGAAUCAACAUCAUCAUUUGAAUUUAAUAUUGGUCCUUUAAAAACAACAAAAGAAUCAAGAACACCAAUUGCAGUUGAUAGAUCUCAUGUUACAAGUAUUGAUCCUGCAAUUCCAUCAAGAUCAAGAAGAAGACCUGUUAGUCAAGCUUUUAUUAAUUCACCAAUUAAUAAAUUAAAAACAGAAACAGAUGCAAAUAGACCAAGAUCUGUUGAUUUAGGUGAAAUGGAUAAUUUAAUGUCAGAAUUAAAUAGAGAAAUUUAUAAUUCACCAAAUGGUCGUAAACAAAAUUUUUCUGAAGAAAGUGGUUUCCAAACUGCAAAAGAUUAUGGUCAUAGUAGACAACAAUCAAAUGUUGAUUCUAUAAGAUCUAAUGCACAAGAUAAAUCAAUUAAAAGACCAUUACCACCACCACCUGUACCAAAACAUGAAAAAAAACCAAGUGUCAGUUAUGAAGAAGAACAAAUGAACCCAGAACCAUCAUUAGAACAACCAAAACAUCAAGUUGAACAUCAUGAACAUAAACGUGAUGUAUCAACAACUCAUGAUGAUGGAUUUGUUACAGAAGAUGAAGAUGCAGAAACUAAGAGUACAAAAGCUUUAAAAAAGAAACAUCACAAGAAAUCAAGUGAAUCACAUCAAAAAAAAAGAAGUAGUUCAAGUUCUGCAUUCAAGAAAGGUCAUUUUAAUCAUGAAACUUUAACUCAAUUAUUACAAGUUACAGAGGGGACAAUAAUUGGACAAGAGUUCCAAAAUAUUGGUUUGGAAUCAACUGAAAAACAAUUAUUAGAAAGAUUAGUUGAUUCGCUAUCAAGAUUAACUGCUGAUAUGGUUAUUGAUUCUGAUAGACAUGAUGAAAGUGUUAAAAGAUUGAAUAAAGCUAUUAAGGCAUUAGAAGGGUUUUAA